AAUGCUUCCAAACUUUUUGACACCAAAAUUCUUUUUCCACGGCGCAAAACUUUACAAUUGGCGCAAAUGGCUUCGACAAAGCCCAGUUUAAAGCGCAAAGCUUCCUUAGUUGAAGCUGACCAAAAAGACCAAUCAUUAUCCGACGAUGACUUUGGAGAUGGUCUCCUUGAGGGUGUGCUAGAAGACGAAUCAGAUGAAGAAUCCGAGCCAGAAGACGAUGACGACGUUAACGAAGAUACCCUUGGUGCUGAUGACGACGAAUUAGACAGCGACGAUAUACUAACGGAUGAUGAAGACCUAGAACGAAAACAAUCAACGAAUGGAGCUGAAUCGGACCAAGAAGAUGUUGGUCCUCAUUAUAGAAUCGAGACCGACGCCAACGGGGGAACCCGGUAUGUCUACGACGAUGUCGACCCCGUAUACGAUUCAGACGAUACAGACGCACAAGAACCCGCAAAUACGAUCGGCAACAUACCCCUCUCAUUCUACGAUUCAUAUCCUCACAUCGGGUAUGACAUAAACGGGAAGAAGAUCAUGCGUCCCGCUACUGGCGAAGCCCUAGAUGCCCUACUAGACAGUAUAGAGGUUCCCAAAGGAUGGACUGGCCUCACCGAUCCCGCCACCGGCAAGCCCCUGAAUCUAAGCCAGGACGAGCUAGAAUUGCUACGACGGGUCCAGAUGAACGAAGUUCCCGAGGAGGGAUACGACCCAUAUCCCGAUACCGUGGAAUGGUUUACAAGUUUUGAGGAGACAAUGCCAUUGAGCGCAGCUCCGGAACCGAAACGACGCUUCUUGCCCUCAAAGCAUGAAGCUAAACGAAUUAUGAAGCUAGUCAAGGCGAUCCGGGAAGGUCGAAUUUUGCCGUACAAGCCUCCAGAGGAAAAGCAGAGAGAGGAAGAGGAAGAAGAAGAAAUUCAUUACGAUUUAUGGGCCGACGAGACACCUCGGCCACCUAAUGUAAUGCAUAUUCCAGCUCCCAAACUCGCUCCUCCUGGCUAUGAUCUCAGUUACAAUCCGCCUCCGGAGUACCUCCCUACAGAGGACGAAAAGAAGGCUUGGGAAGAGACGGAGCCGGAGGAACGAGAAAAGGAAUACAUGCCCCAAAAAUACGACUCAUUACGGAGAACUCCAGCAUAUGAUCAGUUUGUCAAGGAACGAUUCGAAAGGUGUCUUGAUCUCUAUCUUGCACCUCGAAUACGGAAGAACAGAUUAAAUAUUGAUCCAACUUCAUUGCUUCCUAAAUUGCCACGACCCGAGGAGUUACGGCCAUUCCCAACAGUCGCAUCGAUAGAAUUUACCGGUCACGAGGGCAGAGUACGCUCUGUUGCUGUUGAUCCAUCGGGGCAGUGGCUAGCCAGUGGCGGUGACGAUGGCACCGUUAGAGUCUGGGGCCUCACAGAUGGCAAGCAGCAAUGGCAAGUCAAACUUAGUAGUGAGGACCCGGUAGACGUAGUACGAUGGCGACCAGGCCAAGACACGUCAAUCCUUUCGGCAGCUGUGGGCGAGGAUAUUUUCUUUAUGAUCCCAUCUUUCGGAAAUCCGGAACUAGAACAAGCUAGUCGCGAUAUAUUGGAUGCAGGAUUCGGGUAUGCGACCAACGGCAAGCAGCUUACGACGGCCAAUGGAGCAGCACGAAAAGACCCCCCUGCGAAAUGGGCUCGCCCUGGAGCUCGAUUAGAAGAAGAGGGAGUACUGUUGAAAGCAACAGUUCGAUCGCCAGUGAAAACUAUCAACUGGCACCGACGAGGAGAUUUCCUCUGCACCGUAUCUCCGAGCGGACAGAGGAGCUCUGUGGCUAUUCACACGCUGUCUAAGCAUCUGACUCAGAUUCCCUUCCGGAAACUACCCGGGUUGGCGCAGGCGGCGUCAUUCCAUCCUUCGCGUCCCAUGUUCUUCGUAGCCACCCAACGAUCAAUACGCUGUUACGAUCUCCAAAAGCAAGAGCUGGUCAAAACAAUUCAACCCGGAGCCCGCUGGAUUUCUUCGUUCGACGUACACCCCGGCGGUGAUAACUUGGUGGUUGGAUCGUAUGAUCGUCGUUUGCUUUGGCACGACCUUGAGAUGUCAAAUCGGCCAUACAAGACCAUGCGAUUCCAUCCUCAAGCGAUCAGGGCAGUAAGAUUCCACCGGUCUUACCCAUUAUUCGCGGACUGCAGUGAUGACGGAACUUUGCAAAUAUUCCACAGCAAAGUUGUGAGCGACCUCAUGGAAGGGCCGACCAUCGUUCCCGUCAAGAUGCUCAAGGGGCACAAGGUAGUCAACAAACUUGGUGUGACGGAUGUCGACUGGCACCCCCAGCAUCCUUGGUGUGUAAGUGCCGGUGCAGAUGGAACUUGUAGACUAUGGACAUAAGCCCGGCUUUGUAGGAAAUAACAGGUGGGUGCCUAGUGAUAUCCUGGUAGGGUUGGCAGGGUGGUUCACUAAGCCUAGGACGUUAUAGAGAGCCAUAUAGCGACGGCGUUUUUAGAGAAAAUGUACCUCUUAUCACCCGGGAUCCUUGUACGUUCUUCCAAGGUUCUUAGGGUGGGUUUUACAUACAAUCACGGCCUUGUUUCAUCCAAUCGAGAUACAGCCUGUUGGUCUUCGACCCACCGUUUCAUCAUUUGUUUUACUAUGGCACCCAAUCAACUAGUACAGUGA